GUGUGAAGCUCCAUGACAGUGAACUUCACUUCAGAAUGCUAUCCCUGCCAAAUAAAGGACAGCUCGUGUUCAAAGACAAAGUCUUAAUGAAAAACUCAACAUUUAGCCAGAAGAAUAUAUCUGAACACAUGGUGAAAUAUGAGGUUACAGGUAGGCCUCAUGAGGACACGAGGGACUCGUUUGGUUUCCAGGUGUUCUCCAAACACGCACACUCAGGGGGUUACGACUUCAGAAUAAACAUCAAGGCGGAUGUUCAUAGCCUGAUCCCAACAAACAAAGGACUGUCCAUCCUGGAAGGAGAAAGCAAGGUAAUCACCAAGGAUUUGCUGUUUGCUGAAACAGUCGGGGCCAAAGCAGUACUUUAUACCCUCACCCGCAGUCCUAAACAUGGCAAGCUAAAGAGGAUCAAUCUCUCUAAUUCUACGUCUAUUAACGAUAACAUCACAGCUUUCACCAAUCAGGACAUCUUAGAGGAGCGCAUUAUGUACGUGCACGAUGGCAGUGAAACCACGGAAGACGCGUUCAUGUUCCACACCACCGUCGCCAAACACACCAAAGGACACAAUCACAAACGCACAUACUCAAAAAAAGAAAACACUCACACCAUUGACGACAUCUUCAACAUCUCGAUUGCCCUUGUCAACGACGAGAAACCGGUCCGCGUUGUCGAUAAAGUUUUCCACGUGGCCAGGGGCGGGCAGAGGCUGCUGACAUUAGAUGACCUGCGCUACCACGACGCUGACUCUGACUUUGAUGACAGUCAGCUGGUCUACACUAGACGGGGCAUCCCCAUGGGCGACCUGGUCCUAGUGAACGACACAGGCCACAAGCUGUACCAGUUCAGCCAGGAUGACCUGCAGCAUCGCAGGGUGCUGUUCAUCCACAGGGGGGUCAGCUUCGGACGCUUCGUCCUGUUCGUGUCAGACGGGAAACACUACACAUCCACACUGUUGGAGGUCAUUGCCCAGGACCCAUACAUCCAGGUGGAGAACAGCACAGGCCUGCUGGUCCAGAAAGGCCAUGCGGCCAUCUUGAGUUCGGCCAACUUCAGUGUCUUUACCAACCAGGAUGUCCGAGACGAUGAGGAGGUGCUCUACCAGGUCUUCCUCCCGCCGAGACACGGGCAUCUGUUCCAAAACAACGUUAAGGUGGAUUGUUUCACUCAGCAUGAUCUGAAGGCGGGCAGCGUGGAGUAUCGCCAUGAUGACAGCAUGAACCUGGCUGACUCCUUCAACUUCACGGUGAGAGUUAAAGAGGUGCGUCUUGACGCCAGCGUUGGGGUGAGGGUGUACCUGGAGAGCCACCAGCAGCCUCCCACUGUAAUCUACAACCACAUUGUAGUGGUGGAGGAGGGCAAGCCUGUCAAGAUCAACAGAGGAGACCUGGAGGUGACCCAUAAGGACAGCCUCCCCUCUGAGAUAGUGUUCAAGGUGAAGACGGCUCCAUCCCACGGGUUCCUCCAUAGGUCAACCAAGGGAGAGGACCAUCACUACCAGGGUCGCAGAGAGGAGACCAUCCACGCCUUCUCCCAGGAGGAUGUCAACACUGGACACAUCCAGUACCUCCAGGUGGAUUCAGACCAGACCCACGACUCCUUCCUCCUGGACGCCUCCAACGGCAUCACAGAUGUCCAUGACAUCAGGGUCUCCGUGGACAUCAUCCCAAUCCACAUCCCUCUCAAUGUCUUCAACGUGACCUUGGAAGAAGGGUCAUCCACGGCCCUGACCAAGGAGGUCCUACAGGUCACCAACAGACACUUCUCUCAGGUAGACUUCUUCUACCAUGUAUCUGAGCCACCAAGCCACGGUCAUAUUGAACACGCACGCAUUUCUGGACUCUCCAUUUCUUUCUUCACACGCAAACAGGUGGAUUCAGGGCAUAUUUAUUAUGUCCACGAUGGAAGUGAUACACUGGCAGAUAACUUCACCAUUAUCGCCAAUGACACAGACACCAGAAAGCACAGCCAGCCCUGCACGGUGUUCGUCCAUGUGACGCCUGUCAAUGAUGAGGCCCCAGUAAUCACAGCCAACAGGAUUCUAAAGGUGUGGGUGAACUCAGUCACAGAGAUCAGUGUAGGUGACCUGUGUGCUGAGGACAGUGACUCUCCACCUGAGGACCUAGAAUUCAUCGUGACCCCACCUAGUAACGGUCACCUGGCCCUGAAGAGCGCCCCUUCCAGGCACAUCCUCAACUUCACCCAGACACACAUCCUCCACGGACAGCUGGUGUUUGUCCACAGUGGUGCCUUGUCCGGAGGUUUCCACUUCCAGGUCAAUGAUGGGGUGAACUUUGCCCCCCGACAGAUCUUCAGCACCACGGCCCGCUCCCUGGUCCUCAGUCUGGAGCGGAACCAUGCCCUCACAGUGUUCCCAGGCUCUGUGAAGACCAUCUCUCAGAAUGACCUUCUGGUGGUUACCAAUGACAACGGUGACAUGAGAGGGAACCACUCCAUCCUUUACAGUGUUACCAGUCCUUCAAAGCUGGGGAGACUGCUCAGAAAACAGACAGACAACUCUACUGCAGAGAUCUCCUCAUUCACACAAGACAUGGUGAAUGAGGGUUUGAUUAGUUAUGACCAAACCCAUCCUGAAACGUUGGGAUGGACGACCACAGACUCCUUCACUUUCACAGUGUUUUCAUCCUCUGUCUCUCUUCAACCCCACGUCUUCAGCAUCCAUAUCUCCUAUGAGCAUGCUCCUGCAGAGCGCAACACCAUCCUCACUGCUAAUACUGGUGCUGUUGUGACUGAAGGUGGCAGAGUGGUGAUUGACAAGAUGCAGCUGGAUGCCUCUAACCUGCUGGGCAAGCUGUUGGAACCCCAGCGACAUUCCUACGAGGUCUGGUACCACGUCACCUCUCUACCCCAGCACGGCAUAAUCACCGUGGGAGAACGCAACCUGACCAGCGCCAAACCCAACUUCUCCCAGUUCAUCCUGGAUAAUUUCGGCAUCACGUACCAGCACGACGACUCCGAGACGACCCAGGACUUCUUCACCUUCGAGGCUUGGCUGAACCGUAAGGGCCAGCCUCCCCAGAGACGCUCAGAGCCCAGCCUGAUAGUAACAGAGUCGUUUGACCUCACAGUGACCCCUGUCAAUGACCAGCCGCCCCUGCUCCGGACCAAGGCCCCCAGUCUGAGGCUGGUGCAAGGGGACACAGUGGUCUUCAGCCCUGAGAACCUCCUGGUGGAAGACCUGGACACCCCACCAGAAGAGAUCCAUUACAAGGUGAUCAGCAAACCCAACAAUGGCUUCCUGUCUCUGGGAGAGCAGCUGAAUGAGACAGUGUCUGCCUUCUCCCAGGCGGACAUUAACCAUGGCAGAGUCCACUUCGUCCAGGACGGAGAACCCUCUUCAGGGGUGUUCUACUUCAGUGUGACCGACGGGUUCCACCGGCCGCUAUACAAGCUCUUCAACCUGGAGGUCGCUGCAGCAACCGUCUCCAUGGUGAACAACACAGGCUUGAGGCUGGUGCAGGGUCAGACAACUGCUACCUUAACAACAGAACACCUGGCUGCAGAGACCAAUGGGAGACACAGUGUGACGUUUCACUAUAGAGUGACCACACCGCCACACCACGGCAGUCUCCUCAUGUCCGACCUGCCAGUCAGUGAGUUUAACCAGGAGGACCUUCACUCAUGCAGACUGUCCUAUCACAUGACGGACCUCACGUCCUCCUCGGACAGCUUUGAGUUCAUAGUCUCGACCACAGAGAGCAACAUGACCGCUCAGACGGUCAAUAUCACGGUCCGACCGCUCAUCCAUUUCAGCAAGCGCGUCCUGAUUCCCAGCGGCAUCGCCGUGAAGCUGAGGAAGGACUAUCUGGACGCCACGGACCUCGCCACGCUCAGUGGCAGCGACCCUGUCUUCCACAUCCUGUCCCCGCCCAAACACGGCAAGUUGGUCAAGUUGACCUUUGACCUAUUGGACGGUGCCAAUCACUCGGUGGAGUCGUUUACCUUCCGGGACGUGGUGCAGGGCAGGGUGGCCUUAGAGGAGACCCUGGCACAUCAAAGACACAGCAACAACACUGCCAAUCAAUCAACAUCUUUACUGUCCCAAUUAGGGACCGCCGACCACAACACAACAGAGAUCCAUGUGUCCAUGCUCAAUGACUCCUUUUCGUUCCUUCUGAGUGCGGAUAAUGUCCAGCCGGCCGUAGGAGAGUUUUUAUUCACCAUCGUGCCAUACAAAGAGAGUUUGAACCACACGACCAGGUCACCUGGGCGCAAUCGAACCACAGGCGGCAGAGGGACUACAAUCCACUCUGCUACCCACCCUCACACCACGAACCACAAGACCCACAACAAGACCCUACAGAAGCAGUUCAAAGGCCGUCACCACUGGGGGAACCAGACCCGCGGAGGUCACCCCAUGAUCCCCACCGUCCCCGGAAACACCCAUGGGAAACACAACGUCCACGGCCCCCACAGAAUCACCCCAGUCCGGGUAGAGUCCCUGCCCCGGCCGGCCUCCGACCCCCUGCUGCUCAUCCUGCCCUUCCUGGCCUGCCUGCUGCUCAUCGUCAUCCUGGUGGUGCUGAUCCUGGUGCUGCGCCACCGCAGGGAGAAGAGGGCCUUAUCCAGAGGACUCAUCCAGGAGCUGGCGGCUGCAGCUGGAGAUGGACGGCCAGAGGGGAGCCCCUACCUGGGCAGGCCGGAGAGGAGCAUUGCGGUCCCCUCAGUGGUGGUGACUCCGCUGCUGGGCCCUAAUAGUUGCCCCAGUACUCCGGUCCUCAAUGUGCUGCGUAGGGGAACGCUGGCUCCACGUGACCCUUGUCUGCUGCUCUGGGCGGUGGACGCUGUUCCUGAUAUGGUACAGGCCCAGCACUGUCAACCCCCCGAGCCCACUUUGAGAGACAACCAGUACUGGGUCUAAUUGAUCCCCAGCUCAUACCCAUACAUUGAAACAGAGAUACUAACUAAACGUUAUACUAUUGAGUACCCCCACACCUACUCUGAGAGACAACCAGUACUGCGUCUGAUUGAACCCAUACAUACCCUGCAAUAGAGAGACUUGGUUUAACCUUGCACUCAAUAUACUGUAACUAUUGACUACUGAUGUUUGCAUUCCAAUGUUGCUGCUGUUUGCUGGUUUGAUUGUGAACUUGAUUGUGGGUCCUUAUAUAGAACGUUCUAAAUUGGUUCUACAAUUCACCCUGUUACAAUGUUUUAUUUGUGGCAGCUUACUAUUUUACUUUGGUUUUAUUUGGAUUUUAUAUUUUAUACGUUAUUUGACCAAUUACUUUUGCGCCAAGAUGUUUCAUUAUGUCUUUGAACAAUGGGUAAAUACAGGCUUCAAAAACCUGUCAGUAUUUUCAGGCCAGUAAACUGUUUAUUACUGAGUAUUUGGAUAAUUCUAUUACAGUAUUUAAGUUUGCUGUUUUUAAAUCUGUUUUUAUAAAAUGUUUAUAUUUCAGUUUGCGGUUACACUAUGUAGUUUUCAUUAAUCUGACUAACGUAGCAAUUCAACUUGUCAGUGGUUGGAAUGACAUACCAAGGAAAUACAGUGAGGGAAAAAUGUAUUUGAUCCGCUGCUGAUUUUGUACGUUUGCCCACUG